AUUAUGGGGUGUAUAGGUUCGAAAACGACAAUUGUGGCUGUUGACACGACUCUGCAGGUGGAGUGGAAGGACGUGAAGCCCGUCUCUGCCCUGUUCCCACUGGGCAGCACCACCUCCAUCACCUCCUCGCUGGUGCGGACACUUGCACAAGAGCCCUCGCUAGACAGCCAGGACACUGCCCAGGUAAAUGUUGAAGACACAGUUGAAAUGUUACCAAAAUCUAGACGUGGUCUUACAAUCCAGGAGAUUGCUGCACUUGCCAGAUCCUCUCUACACGGUUUCUCGCAGGUGGUGAAGGAUCACGUGACGAAGCCCACAGCCAUGGCCCAGGGCCGUGUGGCUCACCUGAUCGAGUGGAAAGGCUGGUGCAAACCCAUGGAGUCGCCCAUGACCCUGGAGAUUGACUUCAGCUCCUACUCGGACCUGAGCGAGUGCGAGCAGGAGGCACGAUUCGCUGCAGGCGUAGCGGAGCAGUUUGCCAUCGCGGAGGCCAAGCUGAAGGCCUGGUCGUCGGUGGAUGGUGACGAUUCCAACGACGACUCGUACGAUGAGGACUUCACGGUGUCCAGCGAGACCGCCCAGCCCGCCGGUAAUCAUAACGGGGGCGGGCGGUACCCGGGGGCCGUGCGGGAGGCCCUGAGGGGCCGGCUUUGCCGACUGACGUUGCGCCGGGCUCCGUGCCCCGAGACGGAGAGUGACUCGUCCCAGACCGUUUCCCCCGAGACCCUAUGCUCCAGCCUGUGCAGCCUGGAGGACCACCCGUUGCUGAGGUUGGAGCUGGCGUCCCCCGGGGAGCUGACGGCGAAGCUGUUCGGGCGGGUAGCGGUCACGCCGGUGGGCAUGGAAACCGUGGCGGACGCACACGGCGACGGUGCCUUGGUGACGCUCUCCCAGCUGAUCUGCCAGGACUCCUCGUACUCGGUGUCCUACGCCGAGUCCUGUUUCACCCCCGACGAGGAUGAGAUGAUGUGCUGUCAGGACUACAAAACCCUGGGCAAGGAGCCGGACGGCUACGGGGGUCACCGGAAAGCGUCGGACGUGGUGUCUUCGGGGGUGGCUUCGCUGGAGGAGGGAGCGGAGGAGGAGGAGGAGGACAAGGAGGAGACUGGACAUCAGUGAAUGCCCAUCCCACCGA